GUGUGUUUGCAUUACCUCCCCUUGUGUGGGUGGGGUGCAGAAUUCUCUCUCCGGAAUGUCAGAAACCGGUGAUGUGACUCACCUCUCCGGCUCGGAGAAUCUAACAGAACAGGUGGUCUUAAUCAUACCUUACACGUGACAAUAACAUGGCCUAGCUCUUACGCAAGGUGCUUCUAUUCUGAGGGAUUUUGCUGGAAAGUUGCACAUCGGUUAUUUCCCUAGAACCACGCCCCCUUUAAAUUCGCAUCCCUUUUUCAAACUCUGAACUAAAAACAAACUUUUUUUCAACAUUUUGGACAGUUCUCUUGUUCCUCACACCUUCCUCCCGCAACUGACAGUUCCCUCCCUUAGAUAGAAAAACCCCUUUCCCGGUCAACCCCCUCUUUGACGAACAGGCCGUUCCGACCAAUGGAAGAUCAGUUCACCGCCCCUGACAGCGGGGGCGUCUCCUCCCGCCUCGUGUGUCAGCGGUUCAGUCGGUCUCACACUCUCCCCCGGUCCCAGCGCUGCCUGCAACUAGAUAAACAGAGACGGGAGAGAGUGAGAGGGAGACGGAGAGAGAGAGAGAUAGAGAAAGAGAGAGAGAGAGAGAGAGAGAGAGAGACAGGCAGAGAUAGAGAAAGUGUUUUAGAGGGAGAGGGGAGAAGAGGGAGAGAGAGAGAGGGCUGCACUGGUCUCCUGUACUCUGGACUGUGGAUUUAACUGGACAGACAAAAGCAAGUCAGAGGACAUUAUGGGCUUUCCUCCGGCGUCCUGGGCUCAGGUGAGCCCCUGGCUCCCGACUGAGUGCUAGCCAUGUUGCGUCAGUCCCAGCCCACCUCGAGCACGCUGCACCUGGUCGCCACGGAGAUGGGCGACAUCAUGGAGACGCUGGACACCCGCGAGCUGGACCUGGCAGACGGGGAGUACGACUCGAAGGACGGCAGCGUCCCAGAGAAGCGCAUCCCCUUCCCGGCGAUCUACAACACGGUGGGCUUCAAGGAGGCGGAGGCCAGGGUGUACCUCUCCUCCCCCAUCACCGCCAAGAUCCUGGAGGUGGAGCGGUUCACCUCCGCCCAGGACCGCUUCAACCUCACCACGCAGAGGAGCGUCAACAAGUCAAUGCCAGCGGUGUUUAAGAUCGAACUGAAGCAUGGCGAGUUCACGUGGCUGGUGAAGAAGAAGGAGAAGCACUUCAUGGACCUCCACAGGGAGCUGAAGACUUACAAGACCUUCAUGAGGAUACCGCUGCCCACACGCAGCCACACCAUCAAGAGACAGAGCGUGAGGCGGACGGAGGCCAGUCAGAUCCCGAGCCUGCCAAGAGGGGGCCGGGACGAGCUGGGCAGGGAGGAGCAAGUCUCCAGCAGAAGGAGACAACUGGAAGACUAUUUGAAUAAGCUGCUGAACAUGACGGUGUACAGGAACUAUCAUGCGACGAUGGAGUUCAUCGAUGUGAGCCAGUUGUCCUUCAUCCACGACCUGGGACCCAAAGGCCUAGAGGGUAUGGUCCUGAAACGCUCGGGGGGCCAUCGUAUCCCGGGCAUGAACUGCUGCGGUCGGACCAAGAUGUGCUACCGCUGGUCCAAACGUUGGUUGGUGGUGAAAGACUCGUUCCUGCUCUACAUGAAGACGGACUCGGGGGCCAUCUCCUUCGUCAUGCUGGUGGACAAAGAGUUCAGCAUCAAGAUGGACUCCAAGGACACGGAGACCACACACGGCCUGCGCGUCGACAGCCUCUCCAGGAGCCUGGUGUUGAAGUGCUCCAGCUACCGCCACGCCCGCUGGUGGGGUCAGUCCAUCGAGGGCUUCGUCCAGAAGCACGGCUCCGCCUUCCUCACCGACCAUCGCUUCGGCUCCUUCGCCCGCGAGGAGGUCAACAUCCCCGCCAAAUGGUACGUCAACGGACGGACGUACAUGGAGGACGUAGCGGACGCGCUGGAGGCCGCGAAGGAGGACAUCUUCAUCACCGACUGGUGGUUAAGCCCGGAGAUCUUCCUUAAAAGGCCUGUCGUCGAGGGCAACCGCUGGCGCCUGGACUGUAUACUGAAGCGGAAAGCGCAACAAGGAGUGCGGAUCUUCGUGAUGCUGUACAAAGAGGUGGAGCUCGCCCUGGGGAUCAACUCAGAGUACAGCAAGAGGACCCUGAUGCACCUGCACCCCAACAUCAAGGUGAUGCGCCACCCGGACCACGUCUCCUCCUCCAUCUACCUGUGGGCGCACCACGAGAAGAUCAUCGUGGUCGACCAAUCGGUGGGCUUCGUGGGCGGGAUCGACCUGGCGUACGGCCGCUGGGACGACCGGGAACACCGGCUCACCGACAUCGGGAGCGUCACGCGCUCCGUGGCCCUGGAGCAGGCGGAGGGGUCCUUCGCCAACAUGGCCGUCACGCCCUCCUCCAACGGCGGCGGAGCAUCGCCGACGCCCCAGACCAACGGCAAGGCGGUCGCCACGGUGACGGACUCGGGGGACCAGCCCAGGCUGAAGGGGCAGCGCCGCACCAAGAAGCGCUUCAGCAUCCGCCGCCACCUGCAGAAACAUCGGCUCGCCUCCGCCGACAGCAUCAGCAGCCUGGAGGACGACAACCGGGGCGGUUCCGUGCAGAGCCUGAACACGGACAUGGGUCAGCUGGUGGGGAACACGCGGUUCUGGCACGGGAAGGACUACUGCAACUUCGUCUACAGGGACUGGAUCCAGCUGGAGAAGCCCUUCGACGACUUCAUCGACCGGCACACCACUCCCAGAAUGCCCUGGCACGACAUCUCCUCGGUGGUGCACGGCAAGGCGGCGCGCGACGUGGCCCGACACUUCAUCCAGAGGUGGAACUUCACCAAGAAAAUGAAGCCAAAGUACCGCGGGCUCACCUACCCCUUCCUGCUGCCCAAGUCCCACACGACCGCGGGGGAAAUCCACUACCAGGUCCCCGACUGCACCCAGGCCAAAGUCCAGAUCCUGCGCUCGGCGUGUGAUUGGUCGGCGGGCAUCAAGUACCACGAGGAGUCGAUCCACAACGCCUACGUUCACGUCAUCACCAACAGCAAACACUUUAUCUACAUAGAGAAUCAGUUCUUCAUCAGCUGCGCCGACAACCGUCACGUGUUCAACAAGAUCGGCGACGCCAUCGCAGAGCGCAUCAUCAAAGCCUACAAGGAGGGGACGAAGUACCGGGUGUACGUGGUGACCCCUCUGCUGCCAGGGUUCGAGGGGGACAUCAACACUGGGGGGGGCAGUGCCAUCCAGGCCGUCAUGCACUUCAACUACAGGACUAUGAUUCGAGGAGAUUGCUCAAUCAUUUCCCAGCUGAAGCGAGAGAUGGGCGACACGUGGAUGAACUACAUCUCCAUCACUGGUCUGCGGACCCACGCGGCGCUGGAGGGGAAGCUGGUGACGGAGCUCAUCUACGUCCACAGCAAGAUGCUCAUCGCCGACGACAACACCGUCAUCAUCGGCUCCGCCAACAUCAACGACCGGAGCAUGCUGGGCAAGAGGGACAGCGAGGUGGCCGUCAUCGUGGAGGACUCGGAGAAGGUGGCCUCUGUGAUGGACGGAGAGGUGUAUCAGGCCGGGCCCUACGCCCUCAAGAUACGCCUGGAGUGCUUCAGGAUGAUCCUGGGGGCCAACACGGACCCCUCCAUCGACGUUUCGGAUCCCAUCAGUGACCACUUCUACAAGGAGGUGUGGAUGGCCACCUCUGCCCGCAACGCCACCAUCUACCAGAGGGUGUUCCGCUGCCUCCCCUCCAGUGACGUGCGCUCCAUCCUGGAGCUGGAGGGGUACCUGGCCAAGCCGGGGCUGGAGAAGGAGGACCCCGUCAAGGCGGCCGAGGAGCUGCUCCGGGUCCGAGGCUUCCUGGUCCAGUUCCCUCUCCAGUUCCUCUCCGAGCAGAACCUGCUGCCCCCCAUCGGCUCCCGGGAGGCCAUGGUACCCAUGGAGGUCUGGACCUGAUCUGGACCGGGUCUUGACCGAGUCUGGACCUGGACCAGGUCCCGGUCUGCACCUGGACUGGACCUGGUCUGGGUCUGAACCAGGUCUGGAGCUGGUCUUAACCUGGUCUGGACUUGGACCGGGUCUGGUCUUGACCUUGUCCUGGACCGGGUCUGGACCUGGGGGGCCUGUGAUGGACGGAGACACUAUCUAUAUCUAGAGACAUAUUUAUGUUUACAAAAAUACAUACAAGAAGGAAAAGUAUGUGAAGAAAAGAGUAAUAUAAGGAAUCCUCUGUGUGGCAGAGGAACUUUCUCUCUCUCUCUCUCUCUCUCUCUCUCUCUCUCUCUCUCUCUCUCUCUCUCUCUCUCUCUCUCUCUCUCUCUCUCUCUCUCUCUCUCUCUCUCUCUCUCUCCUCUCUCUCUCUCUCUCUCUCUCUCUCUCUCUCUCUCUCUCUCUCUCGCUAUUCUUUGACCCUACACUGUUUUUAUUAACACUAUGCAACGUUUGGAGCGCUGCUGAACGCAUCUCUGGGACUCUGUGCUGUUGAAGGCUAACGGCUAAAGACUGGCGUGCAUAUCGGCACUAAAGGGAGGACAAAGAGGCGGACCCAGGGAAGACGGGGAAGUUUGUCCACACACCUGUCUGCCCACACAGCUGUCUGGUGCUGACUGGUUGGGGGACCAACCAGUCAGCACACCGAUCACUUUUCAUAUUUUUGUCAAAACCGAAAACCCUUUAGAAGUGCCAACGACGUGCGAUGAUUAGCAUCAGGUGACCGCUAACGCUAUCCGGGAUGCUAACGCCAUCCAGGAUGCUAGCACUAUCCUAGCCUGAUGCUAAUGCAUUACAUAUCUCCAUUCCUCACAUUCCAUUCCUUUUUUUUGCCUUAAAGAAAUUACCAAGCCACGCCUGGUAUUUGUAGUCCAUUUCCUUGGCCUGUCGGGACUACAUGUACCAAGAGGAUUAACGCAUGGCGAUGAUGCAUUGGUUCCAGCUGCUAAUUCAGCCUAUUCAGUGUCUUCCUAUUAGUCAGCAUGUGCUGCCUUCUGGCAGAGCUGCAUGCGAUGUUAGCUGGUAGCAUGCGAGCUACCAUGAGACCACGGUCGUUAUUGAUGCUAUAGCAUAAAGUUAGCAUUGCUAUGCUAUGCUAGUUGCUAUUGAGUUCAUGUUUAGCUGCAAUCUUAUAAGCUAACAGUUGCCAUUCUUCUUUACUUUAAAACCAAAGGAUGCUGUUAUGACCCACGUGCCUGUGUAAAAAGUUUGAUUUAUGUACUGUAUAUUCCGGUUGCGCAAGAAUAUUAUAAUAUAAUUAAUUCUGUAAAUGUGGGUUUUCCACUUUGUUCUUCUUGCUACUCGCUCUCUCUCUCUCUCUACCUCUGUGUCUCUGCCUGUCUGUUGCCUUGGUUCUCACAUUAUGUUUCUAAUUGGAUGGUCCAAUUUGUUAAAUGACCCGACACUACCUAUAGGUAUAUUUAUUUAUCUAUAUAUAUUUUUGUCAUAGUGACUCUCUUAUUUUGGCUCUCUAGGGUCAUCACCCAAGUAGGACUGUUAGUAGAAAGAGGAAAUGGUCACUCUUUUGAUUAUGUAAUCCUUUGCAACACUUGAUUGCAUAUUUUGGGUUGCAUCACCUCCUGUGUGCAGUAGAGGGCGGGACCAUGAAACAGGACAGGUUGAACGCCAUUGUCUUGUCCAGUUAUUUCUCUCUCUCUCUCUCUCUCUCUCUCUCUCUCUCUCUCUCUCUCUCUCUCUUUCCUAAUCACUGUAUUGCACUUUCUUGGGAAAUAAUGUUUGUUUUGUCGCAGGCCCCGCCCUCGCAUGUGAGCGACCACACCAUUGGUGGCUUUGUCGCUGUGCACUGAUCCAUUAAAUGGAACGUUGACAUCCA